AAAUAUGGCUGAACCAAGAGAUAAAAGUGAUGAAAUGAUUAUUUAUAUGGAUAAGCUUGGCGAUAAAGAACGAUUGACAGAACCAUUGACUUAUAAAUCUUUAACACCGAAGACUAUAUCGCGUUCCGGUUCCAUGCUCGAGACAGAUAAUACAAACAAUCCACGACCGACGUCCGGCCCAGAAAUCGAUGACCUAGAACCGGCAGGAAGUUUUCCGACAGAAUUUGAUCCUCGGAUAGGAAUUGAUGAUGGUCUCCUGCCAAAUCAACCAGGGGUACCAGAAAUCCCAAGAACUCCAUUUUUACCAUCGCCAUCUAUACCGCCUAUUCAGCCGAUACCUGACGUGAAUAUCUAUCAGCACAAGAAAACGCUCGCACAAGGAAUGAUGGAUCUGGCUCUUUUGUCUGCUAAUGCAAAUCAGUUGCGUUAUGUUUUACAAACUGACGGGGGGCAUCCGUAUUAUUAUCCAUCAUUGGUGUUAAUAGGCAGCAGCUUAAUAUUACAAAUUGCAGUGGGAAUAGGAUUAAUUUGGAAUAGUAGAUACGACGUUAAUGAUAAUGCUCAAAUGUGUAAGGCCAACCGGGCUAAUAAUUGGACAGUGAUCGGUAUAUUUCUAGUAACAAUUUUUAAUGUCUUCAUUUCGUCAUUCGGCGUUGUUGAUCAAGUAUCAGUAAUGCCUAUAGCAUCUAGAAUUGAUAGUGAAAGUGAAAAUUAA